AUGUCGCAGUACGAGGACGAUGUGGAAGCGAUAGCCGAGCCGCUGUCGGAGACAAACACGUCUUCUUUGCGGCAGAAUGCGGAUCGCGAGUUUUCACCUGAGCCUGAUCAGGAUUUAAAUACGUCGCGCGGCACACACCAGGUAUGGUUGGUCAAGGUGCCCAAAUUCCUCAUCGACGGCUGGCGGCAAGUGAAGCAGGACGAUGUGCGGCUCGGGACCGUGCGUGUAUACGACCCGGACGCGUCUGGAACGCAGCGCAUGGAGCUGCUGCUUCCUGGCCAGCCGGACGCGGCAAUUCCCGUCACGAACCCCUUGUUGCGUGCGCAGUAUGCAAAUGUGCCGCGCGCGUACGAUAUGCGGCUUACCUCUUCGACGCAAGACACGUACUUGAAGAAUCUGUAUGCGUUCCAGGAAGAGCUGGUUGACGACGAGGACACGGUGGAUCUCGACGAGGACGAGUCGUUGGACAGCCUCGCGAUGGCAAAGCGGCGCACAACCGAGCCGGUGCCAAAAGGCAAAAAGAAACGCAUUACCCAGCUCGCAGGCACCGUCACGAACGAGACAGCACUGCUGCCGAAACGCGUCAUGGGAGCGCAAGCGUCGGACAGCAAGUCGCGUGUAGGGAUCACCAAUCGGUCCAUGCUCACCGACGAGUACCGCUCGAUUAUGCGGGACCGCAGCCUGCAAUCUACCAGGCCCAAGCGCACGGUCAAGAUGAUGGACGAGCACGAGUCCGGUGCAAACAACAUGUUGGCUGCGGGUGUCGGCAAAGGCCACAUUAAAUCGCGCGCCGCAAACCUUGUAUACGAGUCCCAGGCGCGGUCCAAGCAAGGCACGGAGAAGUUUGCACGCAUGCCGCGCAACGAACUUUUGGAUUUGCUCUUUGUCCUGUUUGACCGGUACAAGCACUGGUCACUCAAACGCCUGCGCGAGGAGACACAACAGCCAUAUACCUACCUCCGCGAAGUGCUUCAGUCGAUUGCGGACCAGCACCACAAUGGGCCGUACGCUGGCUCGUGGAGUCUGAAGCGUGAGUACGGUGUGCGCAGUGCACCUACAAGGCCCGAUGCAGGCCCGUCGCAGCCCAAGCAAGAAGGCGUAUAG